AUGGCCGCUGCCGGCUGCUCCUUGCUGUCGCCUCACCUCCUCCCGCGCCAGGCGCUCUCCGUGGACUGCUACUCGCCCCCCGGCGCCGCCCUCCGCGCGCGCCACGGCGCCCACGCGCUCGCCGCCGGCAGCAGGGACUCCCUGGAGCCCUUCGCGGCGUCCGGCUCGCGCCGCGGCUCCCAGGCGUCCAUGGCCUUGGACCUGCACCUGCCCAACGACUGCCCCGUGACGUUGCACGUGCGGGACCAGACGCCGCGGCGCUCCGAGACGGCGCGUCGACAUCAGCUCCUGCGCCAGCGUCCGGUGAGUCACCCCGCCCCCCCCCCGCCCGCC